AUGGUAGCAAGCGUAGCAGCAACAAUGGCACCAUCGGCAGGAAUACUUCUUCUUUGGAAGAUAGCGAUUGUAGUUCAGAUUUUCGGAACUGCGUAUGGAUCCCUGCUUGCAACACAAUCGAAAUUAGACGAAGACAUCACCACCACGAUCUUGCCAAACGAACGGGAAUCUAUUGACGAUUGUCAUCUGCGUUACUACAAGUUUGGACAUGGACCGGAACCAUUGCCUGCCUUUGGAAGGCCGGCAUAUUUACGCGAAUUUGCUCAUAUGGCCGCCGUAGGAUGGACGCGAAACGGUGGAAAAAUUGAUUGGAGUUGUGGUGGAUCACUGAUCUGGGAGAAUUAUGUGCUUACGGCGGCUCAUUGCGCAGCAGAUGAUAAUACGGUCGAGCCUGAUGUUGUUCGCCUUGGUGAUAUUAAUUUGUACGAUGACUCAGACAACCAGUACGCGCAGCAGCUUAAGAUUGUCGAAAUUAUACGUCAUCCGGAGCACCGGUUUAACUCACGGUAUCACGAUUUGGCGCUGCUGAGAUUGGAGAAGAACGUUGUGCUACACGACACGGUGGCUCCAGGAUGUCUGUGGAACGACGAGGAGAUUCCCUUUCCUUCGAUGGAAGCUACCGGUUGGGGUUCUACAGGGUUCGGUCAAGCGAGCACUCCUAUUUUGCUGAAGGUAUCGCUCAGUGUAGUUCAAAAGGCGCAGUGCGAUCAACACUAUCGGAAAGGUGAUCGUGGGUUAAGGCAGGGUUUGCAGAACUAUCAUCUGUGUGCGGGUGAUGUUAAAAUGGACACCUGUCCGGGAGAUUCCGGUGGACCACUGCAGAUGAAGCUGCUUUCCAAUGCAAAGAUGACACCAUUCAUUAUAGCGGUAACCUCCUUUGGUAGCAUCUGCGGACAAUCGGUACCGGGAGUGUACAUGAAGGUGUCACCUUACAUACCCUGGAUACGUUCGGAGUUGGCAAAACGGGGAGAAAAAGUACAGGAAUGGAGUUUUAAGCCUUACGCGUGCGCUCUUAGAUACAUACAUCUCAGAGAGUAUGAGGAUGACGUUGUGUACCAAAAAUCGGCCAAUUUCGAAUCACUAGAUUCCAGUAAGGCGCACAUGAACAUCAUCUCAUCGACACAAACGGUGAAAAUAUAUUGGCCAACGGGUACGAAAGGCCCGGACGACUGUUACGGUGUAAUUAUCGACGAGGAUACAGUUGUAACGCUUGCUCGAUGUGCUUCUUUCCAGAGGACGUCGCCUUCGCAAAUCGCGUUUGCGAAUGAUACCCGUUACGAUGUGGCAAAAGCACAUCGCCAUCCCCGGUACAGACCCAACUCUUACUACAACGAUAUAGCUAUUCUAAAGCUGAAGAAUAGAUUCCAAUUUUCAUCUCAAUUCGUUCCCGCUUGCAUAUGGAGUGCUUUCAACCUUCCCGAUCCGCGGUUUUACGUUACCGGACAGGGGCGAUUGGAUUUAAACGAGUUUAGCUAUAAUAGCGAAAUGUUGAAGGAGUUUAAACCGCAGAUCGUGCAGGUAGCUCCGAGGGCAGACAUUCAUCAGCAGGCGAACUGUAGUAUCCCGGAAGAAUAUUUGCCCAGUGUAUCGAACGGACUCGCACAGGAGCAUCUAUGCUUCGGAAACAAACCCUUCCUGGUGCCAGAGUCCUGUCAGAUGCUAUUUGGAGCACCGCUAAGGCGCAACAUUUGGCGCAUGGGACGACACUUUGAGCACAUCUACGCACUGAACCUGUUCGGCAAGGACUGUGGUUUUGGACGCUCUGCCGUAGCGACUCGGUUAGGGCCGCAUCACGAAUGGAUGAAGUCGGUCUUGCUGCCCAAUUACAAGGACACCAACGAUGCGGUACACUUUAUCAAUUCUGAUCUGCACAGAUAUGAUCACUGCACGGCACCCGAUGGUAGUGAAGGGCUGUGUACGGAUGUGCAACGCUGUCCGAAAGUAGCUUACGAUGCGCAGACCAACCGGAUAGUGCGAUUCUGCAACAGCGGCACAGUGGUGUGUUGUCCAUAUGAGCACAUUAGAAACGAGACGCGUUCUAGUGAUGCAGCAAAGGAGUUGGAUGACUGCGAGAGUCGCUACCGGAAGUUUCACAAAGAAUAUCAACGAUGGCAAACUGACAGAAUCGACCAAUAUUAUCACAUGGUUUAUAUCGGCUGGGAGAAUAGGAUGGGUCGGCAAACGGAAUGGAAUUGCCCGGGAGCCUUGAUUACCCGCAAUUUGGUGGUUUCCUCUGCCUACUGUCUGUUGGGUGUAGGAACUCCACCAACAGUGGUGAACAUUGCCGAGGGUAAUCCUAAUGUUACCUGGUAUAAUCCGGUGAUGGCUCGCAUCCGAGAAGUGAUCAUCCAUCCAAACUAUAAUUCUACGGCUCUGCUACAUGAUAUUGGCCUUGUGCGGUUGGAAAGAAAUAUGGUCCCAACGGGACUCAAAUAUCCAAUCUGUUUGUGGCAGAAUGAAACCCACACACCGUUCUUGCUCCAUCGGAAGGUUACGGUGGACAAUGCAUCACAGUUCGCUGAAAGCUACACGAAGUAUAACAGCGAUUGUCAGGAGUAUUUAGCAAUGCACGGAAGCCGCAAGCUACGUACGUCCGAGUUGUGUGCAGAUGUCGAUGUGUACAGCCCCCGUUCGUUCACCGGAGAUCCGCUCGUUUGGUAUAAACGUAAUACGGCCGACAACUCAACGACGCAGUAUUUGGUCGGGUUAAUAAGCUACGGUCGUUCGCAAGAUGAACUAUACGUGCACACGCGUAUUUCAUCGUAUGUAAGCUGGAUUAAAAGUGUGGCCUAA